AUGACACUAAGAGCAGUCGGUGCACGUGGUGGAAGACCUCUUCAACUCUUCUUGUUGGUAGCAGCAGUUUUGACUUUUUAUUUAUGGCGCUAUGGGCUGAAAGGCGACGAGAGCCAUAAAAAAGACCUUCUGAGUCCCAUACUUUUAGAAGAUGAUCUGGAUACACCUGCCCCGAAUAAUGGUGGUGACAGCAACGGGGGUCAAUUGGCUUCAAAUGGAAAAUGGGUCGAUGAAAUCACACCAGAGUUCCUUGCAGGGUUGGAUGAGAAGGUUGAAAAGUGCAUAAACUAUGUGGACUAUUCUCAAAAGCCUCACGCUCCAUAUUCUAAAGGCAAGUACAAGUUUCCUUUCAUGCGUCCUCCACUUAAGUGUCGUACAUUCAGGUCGGAUGCUGUGGAAAAGGUCAUUGUGGACCUCAAAUCAAAAGUCAAGGACCCAGACCUUGCUAGGUUGAUUGAAAAUUGCUUACCAAAUACUCUAGACACCACCAUAUUGUGGCACAAGAAAGCUAGCCCCAACAAGCCGACGCUGUACCCUGAAACAUUUGUGGUCACUGGCGAUAUUCACGCAGAAUGGUUGAGAGACUCGGCUCGGCAGUUGUCAGUAUACCAGCCGUUCGUAAAAUACGACGAAAAGCUUAGGGAGUUGAUCAAGGGAGCAAUACGCACGCAAGAGAAAUAUAUCAUGAAUUCUCCAUACUGUAAUGCGUUCCACCCUCCUCCGGGUUCUGGUGUGAAAAAGGGCAAUACUGCCAAGGAUGACGUAAUCCCCAGACCCGACUGGAAUCAAGUCUUCGAGUGUAAAUACGAAAUCGACUCGUUGGCGUCAUUCUUGACCCUUACAAACGAUUAUCUCGAGAGCAGCGAUGGCGACACCUCGAUUAUCACUUCCUCGUGGAUCAAGGCAUACGAGAAGAUACUUCUCAUUUUAAAGAGGGAAUCGCUGCCAUCGUUCGAUCCCGAAACUGGGGACGUUCUACCCUUUUACUACUCUUUUAAAAGAAACACUAACAUUGGUUCUGAGACCUUGCCUCUCGAUGGUACCGGUAAUCCCGUCAACUUCAAUACUGGCUUAAUUCGGUCGGCUUUCAGGCCAUCGGAUGAUAGCUGUAUCUUGCAAUUUUUCGUGCCGGGGAACGCUCAUAUGCUCACAGAAUUGAAAAGAAUAAAGAAAAAUUUCCUUGACAAAGACUCAAAUAGAAAGGAGGAUUUAACUUUGCACAAGAAGUUCACAACUUCCUUUAUCGAGGAGAUAGAGAGGGGACUCAAGGAACAUGCAAUUGUGGAUCAUCCCAAAUGGGGUAGAGUUUAUGCCUUUGAGACUGACGGGUAUGGUAGUAAUAUCUUCAUGGAUGAUGCCAACAUUCCAUCAUUGUUAUCUUUACCUGAUUUGGGUUACCUAGAUGUUAAUGACGAAACCUACCAGAGAACCAGAAGUAUGAUUCUUUCUAAAGAGGGUAACCCAUACUUUUUAACUGGUCGUCAUUUCGAGGGUAUCGGCGGCCCGCAUAUUGGUAUCGAGAAUGCUUGGCCCAUGUCACUUUUAAUGAGAAUACGAACCACCGAUGAUGAUAGCGAAAUUCUCGACAGCUUGAAGUAUAUCAUGAGCACCACUGCUGGUCUAGGCUUGAUGCACGAAAGUGUAAGGGUAAAUUCCUUAAGAGGUUUGUCGUACACUAGGCCAUGGUUUGCUUGGUGCAAUUCGGAGUUUGGCAAAACUAUCUUGCACUUAGCCAAACAUAAACCCCAUUUAAUCUUCCGGGAGGAAUUUGCCUCCACGCCUUACACCCUUGAUAAAGUAUUUACCUGA